GUCCGCGGGGAGGGCCCGCCGGUCCCUGAAGGUGGAGACUCGUCCUGGGCCGGCGGCGGCCGGGCGCAGGUGGGCAGGCCGGGCUGGCCCGGGCUCCGGUCUCGGGCGUCGGGAGAUGGCAGCGGGGGCCCGGACGGAGGACGGUUCCUUGGAAAUCAUGCAGAGUGUUGACGACGACCCACUUCUGGACGCCCAGCUCCUGCCGCACCACUCACUGCAAGCCCAUUUUAGACCCAGGUUCCAUCCUCUCCCUACAGUCAUCAUAGCGCAUCUUCUCUUGUUCAUCCACGUGGUGUUUGUUGUUUUAGCCUUUUUAACAGGUGUGCUUUGCUCCUACCCUAAUCCAAAUGAGGACAAGUGCCCAGGAAACUACACCAACCCGCUGAAAGUGCAGACAGUCAUCAUCCUGGGGAAAGUCAUCCUGUGGAUUCUGCAUCUCCUUCUCGAACGGUACAUCCAGUACCACCACCGGAAAGUGAGAAGCCGGGGUUACAGCCUGAUCUACCGCUCCACCAGGCGUCUGAAAAGCCUCGCGCUCAUGAUACACUCGACUGGCAGCACGGUCCUCCUCCUCAUACUGUGCCUGCAGCACUCCUUCCCCGAGCCCAGCAGGUUGUAUCUCGACCUCAUCCUGGCUGUGCUGGCCCUGGAACUCAUCAGCUCCAUGAUGUGUCUGCUCCUUUACGCAGAGAAAAUUAGAAAAUUUAAUAGAGCCAAACCACAGCCUGAUGUACUUGAAGAAGAAAAAAUCUGUGCUUACCCCGGCAACAUUACCUCAGAGACGGGAUUCAGGACCAUUUCAAGCCUAGAAGAAGUCGUGGAAAAGCAAGGAGACCUAAUAGUAUACCUGAAACGACACAACGCACUGUUAAGUAAGCGACUGUUGGCUCUCACUUCCUUGGACCCAGGCUCUCAAUCAAGUAGAACGUGAGAAAGUCCCAGUCGGCACACAGAGGAAGCGGGGGUGAUUCGAGCUGGACCGCCUGCCCGACAGGCUGCCAUAGACAGCUGCUGCUUUUGCUGAACAAUGUUUUAUACUUUUCCUUGAAAACAUGAAUUUGAUUCUGGUCUGUGUCACUGUUCAACAUGCAGGGCUUCUGGAUCGUUUGAGACGUAUUUUGAAGAUGCCCUGAUAACCUGAAGAGAAUGCCUGUUGUGUACAUUUUGAAAUAAUGAACUGCUUGGUUUAUCCUAGGAUCAAAGGAGUAGUUUAAACAUCUCCAUGGUCAACAGUUUUUCUACCUGACAUAAGAACCCUGUCAUAGUUUGGCAGUUUAUAGAGGAAAACUGACAUGGCAAUCUAUUUUAAAAACAGGGGUUCAAUCAAAUAAGUUCUCUCUGUUGUUAAGUUGACGAGAGAAAUCAUCAUUCUUGUGGGGAACGCUGUUGUUUCGUGUAGAGCCUUAUCAGAUGUCUGAGCUGCCUGUGUGGUACUGGACGGGCACUUAGGACAGCGGAUUUAAUCAGGAAGCCCCAACUGUAGAGCCACUGUGUCCCUGCGUGCUUCACUAUGCAAACACCUAUCGUUUUCUCUUCAGAAAUAAAAUGACUGCUCAGACACAAACCAGGGCUGCCUUUGACAUUAGCAGGACCUCCCAUUGGCCUGGCUGAGUAAUUAGAAAAGAAUUUAGAACUUGCACUUUAUUUUUGCCCUUCUUCCAGAAGUUGCCUUGCAUUUCAGUAUUGAUUAUACCUUACUUGGACCAAUAAGUUCACAUAUAAGAGAGGAAUCUUCUCUGGUCAUAAAUCUAAAUAGGAAAAAAAAAAAAGACUUUUCUAAGUCUUAGAAUAGACUUAAAAACUGAUUGGGGCUAAAAUAUCCAAUCGAUUUAUAUAGAGAUAUUAAACAUAUCUAAUUCUUGAGAUAAAAUGAAGUAUUUUAUGAAUAAAUGGCAUUGUUUCUCUGUUUUCUCCCUUUAUGAAUUUGCUGUCUGCACCUUUACAUGAUACCUUCAAAGACCUUUGGUUGAAGGCUUAGCGAAGAAAAGCAAUAUCUGAUUAUGUAGGCUGUUCACCUUCUUUGGUCAUUAGCUGAAUACCCGGUAGUUUACUCUGAAAGCUGUACAUCACUGGGAAGGCAGAGGGCACAGCGGGCUGAGCCACCACUUGAGACGCCUGCAUCCCGUAUCAGAGUGCCCGACUGAGUCUUGGCUACUCCUGCUUCUGAUACAGCGUCCCACUAAUGUGUCUGGGCAGCAGCAGACGAUGGCCCUAUUAUGUGGGAGACCUCGAUGGAGUUUAUGCCUCCCGGCUUCAGCCAGGCCCAGCCCUGGCUGUGGCAGGCAUUUGGGGAGUUGAACCAGUGAAUGGAAGAUUUCGCCCUCCUUCUCUGUUGCUGUGAUUUUCAAAUAAAUCUAUGUUUUAAAUGUUAUACCUAA